AUGGAGAUCCACCAAGAGAAGAUAAAGAAGGAGGAAGAAGAGAAUGAGGAAGACAUAGGCCACAAACAACAGUGGUUAGCAAAGAAACCAAUAAAACCUGUAGCUGAAGUCAACUUCAAAACAACUGAAGAAAUGAAACGUAGCUCACCUUGGACUUCGCUUUUUCUGAAAUGUACAACUUAUUAUUUGGAUUUAGAUGUCUGUGCCACUUGCCACGAGCACGCCACAUGCCAGGAGCGAGAUGGCAGGAAGAUCUGCAUGUGCAACUACGGCUUUGUGGGCAAUGGGAGGACCCAGUGUGUCGAUAAAAAUGAGUGCCAGCUUGGAGCCGCUGUGGUCUGUGGGAACCACACAUCUUGCCACAACACCUUUGGGGGCUUCUACUGUGUCUGCCUUGAAGGUUACCGAGCUACAAACAACAACAAAACGUUCAUUCCCAAUGAUGGCACCUUCUGCACAGUUGUCAUGUGUUGGUCUUCAGAAAUAGACUGCGGCCCCCCUCCAGAGGUCCCCGGUGGCUACAUUAUAGGGAAUUACAGCUCAAGGCUGGGCAGCCAGGUCCAUUAUAGUUGCAAAGAAGGAUUUUUCAGGCUCCCAGAAGAUGCUGUGUCACGCUGUACCCCCCUGGGCACGUGGGCAUCUCCUGCACUACAUUGCCAAGAGAUCAGCUGUGGCCACCCUCCGGAAGUACGGAAUGCCAUCCUGCUGGGGAACCACAGCUCCAGGCUGGGCAGUGUGGCGCACUACAUCUGCCAAGAGGGCUUUGAGAGCCCCGGAGGAAAGAUCACUUCUGUUUGUACAGAGAAAGGCACCUGGAGGGAAAGCACUUCAACAUGCACGGAAAUAAUGACAGAAAUUAAAAAUGUAUCAGUGUUUAAUAACACGUGUCUGAGGUGGCAAAUAAACUCAGGAACAAUAAACUCCAAUAUCAUGUAUGUGGUAAACAUAAAAGGACAACUGUCGGACCCUGCGGGAUCAGUUCAUGAGGAGACAGUCACCUUGACCACAGACAGCAGGACCCCAGAAGUGUGCCUCACCCUGUACCAAGGCGUCAACUACACCAUGAACAUUUCCACUGCUCCUCCCAGGCACUCUGUGCCCACCAGCCUUCGCUUCCAGACAGCUGAAGAAAAUCUCUUAGAAGAUGAUGGAAUUUUCAAUAUCUCAUUAUUUAAUGAAACUUGUUUGAAAUUGAAAAGGCAUUCUAGGAAAGCUGGAUCCGAACAAACAUAUCACUUUCAAGUCAUGGGUCAAAAGUGGUACCUGGAUAACUUUUAUCAUGCAAUAUCAUUUAACUUUACAACAAGUGAAUGUGCUGCAGAAGUGUGUUUGAAUCUGUAUCCAGCAACUGAUUACACAGUGAAUAUCACCCUGCUGGGGCCUCCUGAGCAGCAUUCAGUACAAACGACAAUCACGACUGCACCAACAGUGAAACAGACCAUCAGUAAUAUUUCAGUAUUUAAUGAAACCUGCUUGAGUUGGAGAAGUAAGAAGACAGCUGGCACAGAAGAGAUGUAUUUAUUUCACAUUUGGGGCCAGAGAUGGUAUCAGCAGGGAUAUGCCCAGGAAAUGAUAUUUAAUACCACCACCAGCAGCCAGUCUCCUGAGAUGUGUUUGGACCUGCACCCAGGCACCCACUACAAUGUCAGCCUCCGGUCUUUGUCUUCAGAACUUCCUGUGGUCAUCUCCCUGACAACCCAGAUAACAGGUAAAUCUCAAUGCUUGAGUCUUCGUUCAUAUCAGGUGUUGGUACUUCCACUGGCCCUCCAGAGCAUUUUUUCCUGUGAUUAUGAAGGGGCCACCUCAUUCUUUAGCAAUGCCUCCGAUACUGCUGGAUAUGUGGCGGCAGAACUUCUGGCCAAAGAUGUUGCAGAUGAUGCCCUGGAGAUAUCUAUUGGAGAUAGGCUAUACUACGGGAAAUAUUAUAACGCACCUUUGAAAACAGGGAAUGAUUACCAUAUUGUAUUGCGAAUCACAAGUGAAUGGAAUAAGGUGAGAAGAUACUCCUGUGCAGUUUUGGCCCAGGUGAAAGGUUCGUCACUCACACUGGAGCAGAUGGUGGGUGUUGGACUGGGCUCCAUUGCUUUGGUGAUGGCUCUGGCAUUCCUGUCCUUCCUGGCAGUGUGAUUGCAGAUGGUGCUGCGUGGCCAAGCUGCUCUGCUGUGGAGCAGAUGUUCUGACGGCUUCUCAGGUGCCUGCACCAAGGUGUUGUGUACGUCCAUCCAGAGGGUGUGUGGAACUUUCUCCAUUCCCAGCCAGGGCUCAUUCCUGGAUUCAGUGUGGUGGCUAUCUCAGAGGAGUCCCUAAAAGGAGAAACUCAGGAAUUGACCUCUUUCCUGCUUCAGGACCAGUUCUGUGCCUGUGGACUUGAGAUGCUUGUGUCUAACGUGUUGACCAUAGGCCACACAUCAGGACAGUCUGGUGCGGGUGAUGCCUGAGCAUCAAACCCUCUACAUAUAUGAUACAUGAUAGUCUCUGUGUCCUCCUUUGUAACAUCUCUGAUAAUGAGAU